AUGCUUCUACAAAUUCUUGCUAUGAGUAUCUUCCUUAUCUGUGUUUUUAUACUUAUCGUAUACUGGAAAUUAGUUUGUCCAGGAAAGCAUAUCUAUAAUGUACUACGAGAACAAGGUAUACCAUGUGAGCCUUUUGUACCAUUUCUUGGUCAAUUACCUCAAUUAUAUCAAUAUCAAAAACAACAUAAAAUCAUGGAAUUUUAUGAAGAAUUAAAUAAAAAACAUGGUUCAAUUUUUAUGUUUAGUCUUGGCUUAUAUCCACGUCUUGUUAUACAAGACGCUGAUUUAAUCAGUCAUAUACUUGGCCGUACUUAUGCACAGAAUUAUUACAAACCAGCUGAUCUUAUUUCUCGUCUUAAACCACUUAUUGGCUUACAUAAUCUUUUAAUUAGUAAUGGAAAUGAACAUGAACGCGCACGAAAAAUGUUAAAUCCUGGUUUUCAUUUUGAAAAUCUUCGUUCAAUGGUAUCGAUUAUGACGGAUCAAACAGCUAAAACAAUUGAUAGACUACUUGAAUCAUGGGGAAAACCAGUCAAUUUACAAAAAGAACUUAGUCUUCUUACAUUAACAAUAAUUGCAUCAAGUGCAUUUGGUGAAAAUUUCGAAACUAUUGCCAAUGCAAGAGAAAUUGUUUCUGAAGCAUUUAUUGCAGCAUUAGAUGCUAUUGUUAAUCGAACAUUAUUAUUAAUUGAUCAAAUUCCUUUGUUUUCAAGAUUACCAUUUUGGGGUAAAGAUAUUGUUGAUCGCGGUUGUGGAAGGGCAUUGAAUUUUAUUGAACGUAUUAUUGCUGAUAGAAAACAAGGUCGUACAAAGAAUCGAUGUGAACGUGCCGAUAUUCUUGAUUUACUUCUACAAGCUGUUGAUAAUCAUGGAAAACAUUUUACUGAUGAAGAAAUUAAACAAGAAGCAAUGGUCUUUGUUCUUGCUGGCCAUCAAUCUACAGGUGAUCUUAUGACAUGGAUUAUGUAUGUAUUAAUGACUAAUUCAUCCGUAUUUAAUGAUUGUCUGGAAGAAGUUGAUCGAAUAUUACCAAAUGGCACGAUUCCCACCUAUGAAAUAUUAGAUGAUUUGAAUGUUUGUGAAUCUGUUAUAUAUGAAACAUUACGUUUAUAUCCACCAAUACCAUUUUUUGUUCGUCAAUGUAUACGUGAACAUGUUAUCAAUGGUUCCAAUCGAAACUUAUAUAUACCACUUAGUGCAACUGUUCUAAUCAAUACAUAUUUAGUUCAUCGUCAAGCUAAAUAUUGGCCUCGACCCCUUCAAUUUGAUUAUACUCGAUGGAUGCGUGAUCCAAAUACAGGUGUGAGACCUAAAUUGGCUCAUCCCUAUUGCUAUUUACCUUUUGCUUCGGGACCACGCAAUUGCAUCGGUCAAAAUUUUGCUUUACUUGAAGCAAAAGUUAUACUAGCAAUGUUUAUUCAACGUUGUAAUUUUGAACUAGAACCUAAAAAUCAAAACAUAGCAUUAGACAUUCGUAUUACAAUGCGAUCUAAAUUUGGUUUAUUCAGUAAAAUUACUAGAAGACAACAAUAA